UCGCCAACAAAAACAAAGAAAAUUGUCAAGUUGUCACUCUGAAAGUCAUGUCAUUCAAAUAAAUCCAAUAAGUUAAUCUGUAACACGUAUUGAAUGAUUAAUUUACUAAUAUUAUUAGUGAGCAAUCAAAUUCUAGUCAACAAUUCCUCACAACAAUGAGCAGAACAUCGAAACAAGGUGAAGUAUUACAGUGCCCGAUCGUGUCGUCGACAUUCGACCAUUUCCACCGUCCUUUUAUCACAAAUUUCCCGUUAAUACGUUGCAGAAAAUCCUACAGAAGUCCGCUACCUAGCAACAGAGUGUCUACGGGAAUGCCUGAGACUUCUCAAGCGCCCAAUAAUAGUUCCGGGGCUAUAUCAACAAGAAUUGCUGUCGUAUCGGUGGUGUUUAUAUUCUUGACGGCUCUGUCUAGUUUGUAUUUGGUUUACAGUAAUUUUCCGGAAGUUACAGAGGAUGAAAAACAGCAUAUAAAGUUACCGUGGAAUAUAGAGCAAGCAAAACAGUUAGGAAUAGUGUUGAAUCGUUAUAAGGCUGACCAUUACUACCAAGUUAUGUGUGGUGUUUUUGUCACAUAUAUUUUUCUACAAACUUUUGCCAUCCCAGGAUCGCUAUUUUUAUCAAUUUUAUCUGGUUACCUGUUCCCGUUCAUGCUAGCUUUAUCUCUGGUAUGCACAUGCUCAGCCUUGGGGGCCUCAUUGUGUUUCCUGCUGUCACAACUGGUGGGUCGUAAACUCGUGCAAGCCUAUUUCCCGGAGAAAGCCCGAAAAUGGGCGGUGCAAGUGGACAAACACCGCGACAACCUAUUUAACUAUGUGGUGUUCCUACGAGUGACCCCCUUCCUGCCAAACUGGUUCAUAAAUCUGACUGCGCCGGUCAUUGGCGUGCCGUUAGUGCCUUUCGCGAUGGGGACGUUCUUCGGGGUGGCGCCACCGUCGUUUAUCGCUAUACAGGGUGGUCAAACUUUACACGACAUGACUGCAAACGAUACCGCUUUUAGUUUAAGUUCUUUUGCAUGGUUGGCGGUAUUUGGGGUGGUCUCGCUCAUUCCUAUUUUGUUUAAGGGGAAACUAAAGAAUAAAAUUGAAUAAGUGCCAAUUUUUAUAUGAAUUAAGUUUUUUGUAAUUGUGUUAAAUUUUAGUCACUUUUAACAUAUUUGGCUCAAUAAAUUCCAACGCAUUUAUUAUUAUGUAAUUUUUGUUAUUUAAUUUAUAAAAAGUAUAAACCAAG